UCAAAAAGGAUUCAUUAGACCUUAGUUGAUAUUAAGUACAAGGUACAGAGAAAAGGAAAUACAGUAUAUUUUAAAAUUCAAAUUAUUGUAUUAGAACAGUCUAUAGGUGGUGACCUUCCCGUAAUUCGGAGCUUUCUGGAUAACAUAUUUCUGGAUAACGGAUCCCAUAACUUACAGCCGCAACAAUGGAAUUCACAAAAGCUAUGAAAUUUGAUAUAAACUAGUAAUUAAAUUAACACAAUCUUGCCAUAUGUGUAUGUUAACUAUUUAAGUGCCAGAUGUUUGUUCCUUUAAAUCAAAGAAUGAGAUUAACCCCCUUGUGUGUUUUCUUGCAGGCUAGAGAGGUAUAUGUUCUGGAGAUCGAAGAUGUCCUUUGCCAUAUGGAGCAUUUGAAAUGGUUGGAGGUGGGGCUUGCCCCCAGCAAGAGUCAGCCCAGAUUAUCUAUCCUGUGCCUGCUCCACUUGCACCCCCAUCACGAUACCGUCUUUUUAAGGGAAGUGAGCGCCAACUCGUAGAGAGAUCUGUGGUCACUUUGCAGGCCAGUGGUUUCUAUUGGGGACCCUUACCUACAAAAGAAGCUCAUGCUAUGUUAGAAAGAGAGCAAAUUGGUACAUUUUUAGUUCGGGACAGCUCACAGGGCAACCAUCUUUUUAGCGUCAGCAUCAAAAUGGAGUCUGGUCCAGUCAGUGUUCGGGUCCUCUUUUUAAAGGGCUUUUUCUGGCUAAGGGAGCUCUUUUCAGACUGCCCAGUUAAGCUUCUGGAGCUAGCUGUGGAGAAAUGCCAACAUACACCUCUUAGAUGUCAAAAUGGCAUCCAGUUAACUCUGUCUCGGCCUCUGCGCAGGACUCGAAUUCUUAGCUUGCAACAGAUAUGCCGCCGGUGCAUAAUUACUCACCAUGGAAGAGAGGGACUGGCCGAACUACCCAUUCAGCCGGCUCUGCGACGAUUUAUUGAGGAUUUCCCCUUUAAGAUCUGAUAUUAAAUCGGUGAAAGCGGAAACAAAAUAAAUCUCCAAGUGCCUUUUAUUAUUUAAUUGGUGUCACAGCAAUGCAUCAACAUGAGACUGCAUUGGACUGUAUAUCUACAGAAACCAUCACCAUAACACCUCUGUGGAAAGCAAAAGCGCAGUAAAAUGUUGUUGCCAAAAAGAAUAUAUUUUUGUAACAAAUAAGCUUGCAUGUAGGGAGUUGGCUUGUGAACUGAUAUAUAAUGUAACUCGCUGGCAAUAGGAAUGUAAGCGUUGUGGGGCUCAUUCAGCGUCAUGGCACACCUACACUAUUCUAUUCCUUCCUUAAUUCAUCAUCAGUAUUGGGAGAAUCUUAAAGGAGAACUAAACCCCCACAGUGAUA